AUGACAGGACUUGGCCUACAAGUCAUAAAGACGCGAGAUAAUCUCACAGGGUACGCUCGUCAACGAUACGAAAAUGCAGCUACUCGAGCGCAACUAGAACUUAUUGAAUUCGCUCAAGAACUUGACGCUGAUGAUCUCCACGUUCGAAUGCCAGAUAUCGUCAAGAAAGCAGGAUGGAAUAGGCAGAAGAAGAGUCAUGAUAGGGCUUAUAAGCGACUUAUAACGGGAACUGAGGCAGCAGAACGUGACGCCAAUGAUAGAGAGCAGAUAGCUGCACGAGAGGCGCGUCAGCGCGAAAGAGAGGCCUAUGCGCUCACUUUUGGCCGAGAGCCUAUUCCGCUGGCCCUAUCUCCUCCUUCUGCGCCUGAGAUAGCCCCCAGGGAUACCCUUGAGGAAGAGGAGGAGGAGGAGGAGGAGGACCCUUUUAUACUCCCGCCGUCGACGGCGCCAGCGAUGAUACAAGUAUCAAGGGCUGGCCGCAAGAGAGCCCCUACUAUGAAGGCAUUAGAGACUGAAAAGGCGCCAAAACGAGGCAGGGGCAGAGGCAGUGGUAGAGGCAGUGGCAAGGGCAAGAACAAGGGCAAGGGUAGAGAAGUCAGAGAGGCUCAGAGAGAGCUAUCUUUGUAA